AAAUACGAAGGAAGAAAGGUGAGAGGUGAAUUGGCGUAGACCCAGUCAAACUUUUGGCAGUAGGAGGAGCGCUAUAAAAUCGCGGCUGAUUUCGGCAAUCGACAUCAGUCUUCUUCCGAGAACGAGAGUGGCCGUGCACACACCAUCAUCCUCAACAUGAGAACAAUCGUCGUCCUCUGCGCCCUCGUGGCCGUCGCCCUCGCGGCGCCCCCGCACGACUACAGCCAGACGGUCGUCGUGAAGGAGACGCCGCUGGACAACAUCGGCAUCGACGGGUACCAGUACGGCUACGAGCUCUCCAGCGGCCAGGCCCAUCACGAGUCCGCCAAGCUGGUGAACGUCGGCCACGAGAACGAGAGCCUCGUCGUGCGCGGCAGCUACACCUACGUCGACCCGGAGACCAACGUCAAGUACACCGUCAACUACGUCGCCGACGAGAACGGAUUCCACCCCGAGGGAGCGCAUCUGCCGACCGUUUAAAUUCACUAGCCAUCAAGUAGAUAGUAAAGUCGAUAGGAAAAACGGACAGCUCUGGAUAAAUUUUCGUCAUCAUCAAGCGGGCUGGAGGGGACAAUCGAGGGGCAGUCUCGGGCGUUUCAACCAUCCCGCAUAAAUAUCCGCGUAAUUUUAAAAUAAUUCGCGGUAAUCAACUCAUGAUUUAUUAUUAUUACGGAUGCCUCGAUGCGUCGAAUAAACGCACUUGUUUACGACGCAAUAAUCGUACGCACGGCUGCGAAACUGCAUUUUUCUUCCCGUAAUCGUCACCCGCGUGCAGCUUUAAAUAAAAAUCGCGACUGUGCAUACGAGUCUGCGUUAUAAUAAGUCGUAAAAUUAAUACCGCAUUCUUCGAAAUUCCAGCCGGGCAUUAAACAGUAUCGAUAAUUAUAGCGUCUCGCAAUCGUGAAUUUAAUCCUGUUCGGAAUGCGCAGCUACGUUUGGAAAUUUAUUCAAAUGUAGUUCAUUGUAAAAUAGCUAUUUCGAUCUCAAGUUAAUAAGAAUCUUAUUAAAGAC